CUGAAGAGUCGAGAGCACCAUCGACGGCGCACCAAAUCGAAGGGUCCACCCCCAAAAUCUUGUAGGUGGCCCAUCGCCGUCCACACAACAUCCCCUCGGCCAGCAACAGUCCCCGCCGAAGCUCAGCAAUGGCUGCUCUCUCUCUCCUCAGCUAACUGCAAAAUUCUCUCUCUUUCUCUCUCUAGCCCAUCAGCAAUGGCCUUCCCUCUUCACUGCCCUCCCCCCUCUCCUCCCCUCAGAAUCUCUUCCCCUCCCGCCGCCGCCGCCGCCGCCGCCGUGCCGAACCCAUGUCCCAAUCUCUCCUCCCUGGCCCCUCCCCGCCUCUGCCUCCCCCGCCACCGGCGGCGCCGGCGGAGGCCGGGCUCCCUCCGGUGCUCGGCCUCCUCCUCGUCCCCGGAGAACCGCCGCGCCGGCCCCGCGUCCUCCUCCGACGCCGCCGAGCUCCCGCUCUUCCCCCUCCCCCUCGUCCUCUUCCCCGGCGCGGUCCUCCCCCUCCAGAUCUUCGAGUUCCGGUACCGGAUGAUGAUGCACACGCUCCUCCAGACCGACCUCCGCUUCGGCGUCGUGUACGCCGACUCCGCCUCCGGCACCGCGGACGUCGGCUGCGUCGGCGAGGUCGUCAAGCACGAGCGCCUCGCCGACGACCGGUUCUUCCUCAUCUGCAAGGGGCAGGAGCGGUUCCGGGUCACGGGCAUCGUCCGCACGAGGCCCUACCUGGUCGCCCGGGUCGAUUGGCUCGAGGACAGGCCGUCUAGCGACGGGGGCGACGACCUCGAGUCGCUGGCCGGCGAAGUGGAGGCGUACAUGAAGGACGUGAUCAGGCUGUCGAAUCGAUUGAACGGGAAGGGAGAGAAGGAGGUGCAGGACCUUAGGAAGAAUCAGUUCCCGACGCCGUUCUCGUUCUUCGUCGGGAGCACGUUCGAGGGCGCUCCUAGGGAGCAGCAGGCGUUGCUCGAGCUGGAGGAUACCGCUGCGAGGCUGAGGAGGGAGAAGGAGACGUUGAGGAACACGCUCAAUUACUUGACCGCUGCUUCCGCGGUGAAGGAUGUGUUCCCAUCUUCGUGAUCGAUUCCAGAGCAUAACAUCUUGAGGAGAUUGUGGUGGGAUUCUAGCUAUGUUGUAUCAAUCAUCAUUAUCGCCACCAUACAGUUUGUCUAUGAUCAGACUCCUUGUUCAAGGUAAGAGAUGGGGAUCCAAGAAAACUGACCGUCCUUUAUCUGGCAGUCCUACUCUUGAACAACAAAGUAAGCGCAGACAGAAGUUCAAGUUCAGAGAAGUGCAGGCCAAUAUAGCAAACCAUAGAGCUUCUCCAAUCUCGAGCGGGUUCUAAAGUAGCGGCAGAUCAUUGUUCUGAAUCCGGAUUAUUGCUGCUACUGAGUAAUGUCAUUGAACAUGAUCUGUGUAUGAUGAGAGCUCCUGCUGUAUAUGUUUCUGUUCUGCAUCAACAGUUGAAUUCUUCCUAGAGCUGAACUUCGAGAUGUCAAGGUGAUUAAAUCCAUUUAUUUUCGGUUGUUGGUAUACACAUGCGUCAGCUACCCUGCGGAUCCACUGUUUCUGCGAGUCAUGAUAUGAUCUAUCCAUGUUACUAGCCUAAAGUUAAUCAUG